AUUUCCUCUGUUGAAAGACCCACACAGAAACAGACAUUUCUGUUUUCUACGAUGGCAUGUAGGCUGAUCCUGUUCAUUUCUCUUCUAACUUACAAUUCAGGGAUCAGUGCUGAGAUCUCUGUGUUUGUUCAGACGGGAGAUUCUGUUCAACUGGAUAUACAGACACAAGAACUACCAGAGUUUGAUUUUUUUUCCUGGACUAAUGAAAAAUCAGAAGUUAUUGUUAGAUAUACUAAUGGAACUAAAACAGUAAAGCGUUACCCUUCCUACAAGGACAGAGUUGAUUUCAAUGAUGAAACCCUCUCUCUCACACUGAAGAACAUGCAAAAGACAGACAGUGGACUCUAUACAGCAAGAGCAAGUGGAGAAUUUGAGAAAAAUAUUCUUAUAUACAGAGUAUCUGUUAUAGGUGCAGUGGAAGCUCCGGUCCUGACUGUAAACUCAAACUUGUCCAGCUCUGACCCCUGUAGCUUUACAUGUAAAGGAAGUAACAUUACUAUCAACUCCAUCUAUAAGAUUAGCAGCUGUUCUCCAGAGGAAGUGACAUCAUCUGAUAACUACACUCUAAGACUGAACUGCAGUGAUGACUACAUCAUAUGUAACCAUAGCAACCCAGUGAGCUGGAAGACUGAAAUAAAAAAGGUUAAUGAACUCUGCCCUGUUGAUCAAGAAAUACCACGAGCUGUUUUUUUUCAAUCAGCGCUUCCCUUGUGGUUUAUCCCCCUUAUUUGCCUAUUGACAAUGAGUUUGUUGGCAUCAGUGAUCGGCUGGUGUCUCUACAAGAGAAAAAAAGAUCAUUCUUACACCCCUGACCAGCAGAAUGAUGAACAUACGGAGAAUAUUAAUCCACAAAGCUCGCUGGAUAAAUUGGAGAAAUCAAAAAUUCAUUCCACAGUUUAUGAUACUGUAAGAGAACAUGGAACUCCUGAUGUUACGGUGGAAAGCAACCAGACUUCACCCAAUCAUGACUCUAGUGCAACACUAACAGAGAAGAGCCAGCCCAAUGCAGCAGCCACUAUCUACUCUACCAUUGAGAAGGAACCAAAAUCUGACACAAUUUAUGCUGUGGUCAAUAAAUCGCCAGCUGGGGAUAAAUCUGUACUUCCAAAACUGGAAUAAAGCAUGCAUAAUAAAAGUAGUCUGACUUUUUUUUAAAGGUGCCAUAGAAUGGAAAAUUGAAUUUACCUUGGCAUAGUUGAAUAACAAGAGUUCAGUACAUGGAAAUGACAUACAGUGAGUCUCAAACUCCAUUGUUUCCUCC